AAACUCCCCUGGUGCUGAAAACCCGAGUCAGACAACAAGAGAGGCUCUGAGACUCAGUGAGCUUACAGGAAGACUGAUUUCACUUUGAAAAAACUGCAACUAAAGAGUGCCGUAAAAUGUGUAAAGGAUUAGCUGCUUUACCCCAGACCUGCCUGGAAAGGUGAGACCUGUAUCCUCAUUUUACCUUUCCUGUCGACUCCUAACGCUGAGUGAUUUUGAUGCAGAACUUUGUGUUUAUUCAACCCUUUUAGAAAACAGAUCAAAGAGGAAAACUGUGAUCAUCAGGUCAAGAGUUUCCAUCUCUGAAAGCUUUAGUCUUUAAAGCUUCAAUUUGAGAACUUUUGAAUGAAGUUUUAUAUAUAAGAUGUUAUAUAAAACUUGUUAAGUUUUGAUAUAAGAUGUUUCUUGUCCCUGCUCUCUUCCAACCAAUGUAAAAGAAAUGUUGCAAUGUGACAUGAUAUUGUCAAACUUGGCUGGAAAUUAAUAAAAAGAACAGACAGAAAGUUUUUGUGUCCUAGAAAAGCACGAGAAAGCAGAGUUUAAGACCUGAAGAUUAAGUUUUCUCUCUGUUAGCCCAAUUUGAAAGCAUUUACUUCAGUAUUUCUUUUCCUACAUAUAAUGAUCAUUCAUUUUCUGUAUUGUGUUUUCUUCUGCGUGAGCUCUCAUACGUUAAUGUAGAUUGGAAAGGUGUUAAACUUAGAAUUAAAAACUAUUUCCAACUUAAUGUCCCUGUUUUGAAUCCCUACUGUGUAAAGAAAACACUUUCUCAACUUUCUUUGUAAUCGAUGUAAUCCUGUUUAAAUUUUAAUAUCAACACAAACUUUAAAAAAGAUUGAAAAAACCCUUUAUUUAGUUCAUUUAUUAAUAAAAGUUAAUGGAAAGUGUAAAACUUUGUGAUGCUGAAUGUGAGACCUCAUCUAAAAAUAUGGUCUUUAAAAUUGAAAGCCUCACUCCUAAUGACAUCAACUUUUUUCUGUUUCUGUUCCCUCUAUUUUUAAAUAAUCCAACUUGUUUAAAAAGAAUUUCAAGAGUUUUUUAGAGAAUAACUUUUUAGUUUUAUCCAUAUAAGUAAUCUCAGUGUCAUGUGUCAGUACAAUUCACCAGAAACACAUUAGCGAGAGCAUCGUGAAAGCUCAGUAAACAGUUUUCCCUUUGUGUCGAGGCAGUUUAAACAACCUCUCUGUCUGUUUUCUGUCUCUCAGAGCAAAGGAGAUCAAGUCCAAGCUCGGAGUUUUACUGCAGAAGCCCGAAAAUGCCAUCGACCUCAUCAUCCCGUACCCCGAGAAGGUCGAGAAGAAGCCGGAGAAGCUGCAGAAGUGAGUCAACUUUUCUGCCUCAGUCUCACGGGGGAUGAGUUUUAGAGCUGUGGGGGGAUUUGUUUGUAAGAGUGUCAACCAGAUGAGUGAUUGCGAAGUGGAAGAGCCAUCUGCAGGGACAAGAUGUGGAAAUUAGAGGGCAUUAAAAACCUAACCAAACCUCACCUAGAAGUAUUUUCCAGAAGCUUUUUAGGUCAGCAGGCUUUGGCUGAGCCCUAAAUUUGUUCUGGUGUUGUAUAACUUCCUCUAUUUUUAAUUGCCGUCCAAUAUUUGGACAGUAAAUCACUCUUGAUAGCUUGAAGCCCAACCAGCAACUUGAAUUGUUUCCUAUAUCUUUAUUUUCUCCCAGGAUGUUGAGAUUAUCAAAGCGCUUUAAGUUAUUUAUGGACCGAUUUUAAACCACUGGUUUGAUCCACCUUGAUUUAUAAUAAUGGCAAAUAUGUCAUUCAACUUUUCCACUUUAAAAUUGCAUUUAAACGGGUCAGCCAUGGGAGGUCAUCUGCGUGCUUGGGAUAAAAACAGAGAAAAGCCUUCAAACUUCCAAACUAGAAAUAAGCUCCUCUUUUAAUUUUGUCCUCAAAAGUAAAAGAAAAAAACAUGCAAUUUUAAAAUGUGAAUAUUUUCAUUAAAAAGUUUCCAAGUUCGUGUCUAAAUGUCCGCUUUGAUUUGCAUGAAACACACCAGAAGUAAUUUAUUCACUCUGAAUGUCUCCCAGACUUCAAUCUUGCUGCAGAGAUCAAACAAUGCUGUCUAACAUCAAAAAGUACCUUUGAAUCUUUAAAGCUUGUUAUUUGAAGGUUUUUCGGAAAGUCUGGGAGUUUCACUGCGAUUAUUCUCGAUAACAAUGAAAACAUCACGUAACAGGGAAAAACACAUUUUUCUAGGAAAUCAAAAACACUGAUUUGUAAUUUGGUAAAGUUUUAAACCUGCUGUUGGAUCCACUUCAAGAAUCCUUCCUGUCACGUCUCAUACGCACAAGAACUGGAAAAAGUUCAGGUGUUAAUUUUAAAACAGGAUACCAUCCACAGAGCCUGUAGCAAACUUCAGUGUUUCAGAUUACAUUUCCCAAGCAGGGUGGUGCUUUUUAAUUUGUUCUACGUGAGAAACCUGACUGAACUAAGGUACUUUGUGUGCAGGCCCUCUGCAGAGGAAGCGGCUCAGUGGCGUGAGGGUCUGGACCGUGUCCUGAACAACAAUUGUAAGUCUACUGAUUUCUUUGUCUUCCACUCACUUACUCUCACGUUUUCACACUCAUGCACACACUUUUUUUUGCACUUUUUGUACAUAGUGACAUGCCCAGCCUGCAUGGGUGACAUGCCCAGCCUACAUGACGCCAUGAAUUAAGAGUCCAGGGUUGGCAUGAAUACCAGGUCAAUAUUACAGAACAAAAGAAGAAAUCAUACACUCAUUAAAAAGACUUUGUUGUCUGCCUUUUUUGGGCAAAACUUGCAAACUCGAACACACCAAACUUUAACAACCAGUCCAGUUUUUGCUCAUGUGGCAACCAGAUUAUUAAGGCUUCGAUUUCAUGAAAAGAGAACUGUUUUUGGUGGCGACUAAAGAUCUCUGGCUUCUAGACAAACAAGAUGUUAGUUUAGAAGCUGGUCAGGAUUAAAAUUCUGUUUAUUUUGAUAUAUGUCACUGUUUUUUUUUUAAUAGAUUGUCCAGUAGGUUGCUAACUGAAGUAAAUGUGUCAAUGAAUUUACUACCUUGUUGGCUUUUCAUCCGCUCACCUUAUUUAUUUUGUAGGUGGAGGCGAACUGUUUGUCUUAAUUAUAAUGACAGCGGCUCAUAUUAAAAAAACAAAACAUCCCCAACGGGACGUUAGGUAGAUAGAUGGGUCAACCAAAGCAACACUUUUAGCCUUGAGAUGUUUAUCAGUGUUUCGUGUGACGCCCAAAGUCAACCGACGGUUGGCGUUACAUAAUCUAAUUGCACAUAUAUAGGCUGAACACCAGUCUUAUGUAACUAAGAAAAAUAACCUUUUUUUUUCUGAACCUAAAUAUGUAGAUGGUGCGAGGGACAAGUUCAUGAGAAAGAGAUUACUUUUUUGUGUGGGCGCCAUGCAUUCAAUUUUUCCUGUGACUACAAAAUGAAGCGUGGUUUACUCCCAAAUUUCCCGAACAGCUUUUUUUUUUUUUUCCCCGCUUGUUAACAACAUCUUCCGCACAUCUUUAUUCCCCUGAAGGAUGCACACUUAUUUCCCCCAAGAUAACAUCCCUUUGUCCAACUCCAGGAAUAGAGCACAUUUCACCUGUUAGGUAAGCGUAUUUCUGAAACGGCAAAGUGUCCCCGCUCUGUUGACUUCAUCAGAAGACAACAAUCAGAGCGUCAUUUUUUUUCUUUUCACUGCUGCGUUCUUUCUUAUAUAACAGCUGGCACUUUAUCCACUCCAAAAGCAGACAACAGGUCUUCUCUGAGCUCUGCUGUCUGUUAACUUGACUUAUUUAACAGCUACAGUGCAGCUGGAAGGGUCUGGUUUCCAUAACGACAUUGUAGCGACUUAUAUAACUCGUAUAAGAAAACCUGUGAACCGCCAAAAACCACAUUGUGCACUUUUAAUGAACAACUUUGAUAACAUUUGAUUUUAAUGUUCCCCUUACAUACAUUCUUUUAAAGUCAUUAAGAUUAAGUUGACUUUUUAAAGUGGCGGCUAAUAACUGCUGGUUUCCACUCUAUCUAUCAAAUGUGAAGAUAGAGGUGAAGCAAAAUGAAUGUUGCAGAAUAAUUUCGUCGACUUCUGCAGCUUGAAAAAACUCGGUUAACUCCAUCUGCUCCAAAGCUGACGUCCUUCUUUUUACCCAAAGCAGCCCGGGUAAAACCAGACGGACUUUAGGGUUUUGUCUGAGUUGAGCAUUGAGAAAGUUAUUGAGACUUUGUAUCUUUGAGGCACGCCUUUAGUUUGGUUACCUCAUUUGUUUCUUCUGGCUUUAUUGAUUUGUACAACCGAGUGUCGUCUGCAUAACAGUGAACAUUUACCAAGUGUUUCCUCCUGGUUUUUACACAGAGGAGGCAUGAACAAAGUGAAGAGAACCGGUCCGAGCACUGAACCUUCCCACUGAGCAAUAGACGGCUAUUAGACGUCGAGUUUUUUUAGACCUAAUUUCAACCGUCUAGAUUCUGUAUAUUUUUAGACGUUGCACUUUAACCCAUUAUUUGACAACUAUUUAUUUCUAAAAGCAACUGUGAGUUUUAUAACUGAUCUCCAAGUACCUAACCAAAAUAAUUAUGAUAGCCAUUGAGCGAUAUGGAGUGUAGUAUAGAUAUAGCCCAGAAUCAGACCAGUCUUCUAGGCUACAUUUAGACGUCUAUUAGACCUCUUUUAGACCAACAAAUGCUCAGUGGGUUAUGGGACACCGUAGCUGACUUUGGUGUGCUCUGAGAAUGAAUUAUUAUUAAUGUGGAUAAAGUGGUUCCUGCUAUGCAACCAUUUUUUAGAUUGGUAGUCUGUGAAAGUCUACAUAUUCUGGAUCAGGCUACACAUGUACAGAAAACAAAUCAAGAGGUUAAGCAUUGUCCACAGGGGGCGCCAAAAUCAACACAAAUGACAGACUCCUCAAAGGAGCAUUGGGUUCCUACACAAGUGUGGAAAGUAUGGAAAUAAAUUUGAUCAAUUUUCAGGUCUUAAAAAGUAUGGAAAAUUAAAAACAAAGUACGGAAAAAUACUGAUGUUUCCAGACUAUUACCACAGUUCUAAAAUAUUGUUUUCUAAAAUAGAAAAGUAGGUAUUUCCAGAAAGAACUCUGAAAAAUAGGGUAUGGAAAAGUAUAAAAAUUCGAACUGCAUAGGAACCCUGUUUUAGUCUAUUUUUAGUCACUGCCCUGUGAGGUUACAGGAGUUAUCAUAUUGUUGACUUUUUGAGACUAAUUUUUUACUUUUUUAAUCAAAUUUUGCCGCUGAGGUGCGAUUGCACGUCACGGGAACUAAGCAGCCUCCUGGUUUGCUUCACUGUCCACAUGGAUGUAAAUCAGAUCCACUUUGAAGAAAUCCAGGAUCGCAUUUCUUAAAGAGCAUCCUGCAAAUGUUAAACCAUUACAUAAUCUUUGCUCCUGUGUGAAAAAAAUAACUUUUCUAUCACAACACAUACCAGACCUGGGACUCCUGGCUGGACUGUUUACUUCACAGAGAGCGCAGAGAGCCUGGAGACUGAUGAUUAACUCUGAUAGUUGAUGCUGUUCAGCCGUGUGUGUGUAAACUCUGCUGCUAAUAAGUCACUUGAGUUUCCCCCUGAGCAUCAAAACAGAAGCAGGUACAGAUGAUUCGGAGCGGCUGAUUCAUGCAGACACACAUUUUUCGGCACAGCUAAGUGGGUGGUUGGAGACCUUUUCUUAAGAGGCUCCUUCAGCUCAGUCCGGCACAGAGAGAUGUACGAUCCUCGAGUGUUUGCAUGCCUACAUGAUUGUGUGUUUGCAUGCAUGUGUGGUUGUGUGUAUGUAUUGGCCCCCAGAGGUUAUGUGUUAUGGUAACAUCUCCAGGGAACGGUCAAACUGAAUGCACCAGAGUUGAUUUAUUGCCGAGGUGCUGCGCCGUUAAUAUUUAUCAACAUGAUAUUUUACAUUAACGUUUUCUUCCUCAUUAACUCUCAUGGGAUUCUCAGUGACUUAUUACCUCUGAGAUUUAUGGUCACUUCAGCUUCUAUAUGCUAAAAACUGCAUCAAAACAAGUCAUGUACUGUACAUUAUGCAACAGGAUAAGACAGUUAUGUUUUCUCUUUUCUGCAGAGGGUUUAUUUGUACAGCUUUGCAAAUCCGGGUCAAUUAUUGUUAAACAAAGGAAUAAAAAAAAGUGCACAAUGAAAACGGAAAAGGGCCUCGGUUUCUACAAGUUUUUCCCUCAGUCAUCAGCGCACGGUCCAGUGAGCCCUUUGUGCACCUCCCUGUACUGAAGGUCUUUGAAAACCCUUAAAAAAACUGCAGCCUGAUUGCGACUCUGUGCUAUUUUCAACCAAAGUAGCUGCUCAGAUCGGAGAUAAAAGCCUGAGUGAGUGCUUAUCAUCAGCAGCAUAUGCCCCUCCAGACAAUGGGACUCUUGGAGGCUUUAUAUCAGAUCACAAUGGUCCUUACUGAAAAGAGUGGCUGUUUUUAUCAAGAGCUUUUUCUUGGAUCCUUAUCUUUGGGUGACUACUGAUCUUUAACACGUCUCUGACACAUAUUCAAAAAAGGAAAUUGAGGUUCAAUAAUGUAGUUUUGAUUAGCUCUGUUGUUUGCAAUGAUUUUUGUGCAUGUGUGCAAGAAACUUUCCACUUUUGACUGAUUUCUUCACAGACCUUCAUGUCUUUUUUUGUUCAAAGUCUCUUAAAUGUUCAACAUCCAUCAUUUCUUAAUGCACAGUUUCUUUGCUAGUGACUGGUCCACAAAUUAAGAGUAAUGCUAAAAGUCUUGUCCAGGUUGUCAACAGAUACUGCUACGAGAAAGGUAAUGCGUUCCCUAGAGGGGAAGACAGGGGCUGUGUCCAAAAUGGAUCCCUAACCCUGAUGUAGGCGAAUAUAUGGGGGUUAGCGCCAUUUUGAGGGGUGUGCAAAACCUGAGUGAUGAGUUCCAAUGCCCCACAUAGGCGACUCAAAAUUCCCAUAGAGCAUUGCAAAAUGUAGUGACCAUCCGACAGUCACUCAUCGAUGGUGGGCAUCCCGUCACACAUUGCGUCUCCAGCGGCAGUCUGAGCUCACUACAUAGUCAACUAUCUAGUAAAACCCCAUAUGGGGGUUAGGGGUUAGGGAUUGAGUGAUUCAUUUCGGACACAGCAAGGGACUUUAUACACACUGGGGAAUGAGCAACAGGUGAGGCAGGCGAGACACAGGUGAAACUCAUGGGUGAUUAACAAAAGGAGUGAAAACUAGGGAAGUAAAACCAGACUAGAAACACAAGGAAUCAGCUACUACAAAACAAACAAAACAAACUUCUAUAAAAUAACACUGAAAGCUGCUCUAAAGAAUAAAACACAGAGAACAGGAAGGAAACAGGGUCAAACACAAACUGAGAACUCACAAGAUUGGACUACAGGAACACUGGGGAAAAUACAAAGAAAAUAGACUCAGAAAACAUAACCAGGGAAAAAUUAGAUCAACAGAACACAACAUGACAAAUACGUGGAUCCCAUGACAAUGGUAAUUUCAGAGCCCCAUUUGCACAUGUGUAUUGUGUUUCCACGUCAGAAUCAUUUUUAUACAAAGGAAAGACUUUUCUAUUUUUUAUAAUAGGGCUGGGAUCAGAAUUUGUUCGUGCCAUGUGAUGUAAAUGCGCUCCUUUGUGUUUGAAAUGGCACAUAGAUGCAGAUGAGCGUGGUCUAGACCUGCUCUUGUUCUUUAAAAAGCGUCUUGAGAUGACGAAUGUUGUGAAUUGGCGCUAUAUAAAUAAAAUUUGAUUGAUUGAUUGAGAUGUGAUUCAAAGAGUGUCUUUUGUUUUUUAGGGUUCAGGUUCGGUUUGGGUUAAGAUCCUGCAAAAGAGCAAACAAUGAAAUACUUUCUACUCCGUCUAUUUUUUUAUGUUAACUACAAAGAGCGAACACAUGGAGAUUAAUUAAAGAUCAUUUCAUCUCAUCAUACUUCCCCUCGUAAACAGAUGUAAUUAGACUCUCUAUUUAUUCUCCACCCAUUACAAACAGAGACGUUUCCCUUUUUCCUCUUUUCUCUCUGCUUUUUUUUGUAAAUAAUCAUAAUACCUCGAUUCAAAAAAAGAAAAAACCAUCAUGGAAGUGCUGGUGUGAUUUUGAGCAUCUGUUCACGUAGGCAGCAGUUUUGCAAAAAGUAUGACAUGGAAAUGAUGAUGAAUAAACGUUAGAGUAAUGGGUUUAAAACUAUCAAUGUCAUUAGAUGUUGUAUCAGUGAUAUUUGUCCUUCAAAUUGGCAGACACUCUCUGUAUUUCUCUCACGUUUUCAGGAUAAUUUUCCUCUUUUGUUACCCGACUAUGACAAAUGAGUAACCUGAUUCUUUCAUAAAUGUAGAAAUGACUAAUAUAGAUUCAUGCAUGAGUGAAGAAAUAGCAUAUAUAACUUUAUGUUUCUGAUUUCAUAUUGAACUAAAUGCAGUUGCUAAAUUGGAUUUGACAUUUUGGGAGUAAUACUGCUGCUGUGAUUCAGGGAAAUAUCUCAAAAUUUGAUCCAAACUUUAAUAUCCAGCAUAUAUUUCGCCUGUCUGAUUUAUUUAUCUCUCUCUGCAUUUCUCUUUCCUCUCUCCGUCAGAUGGUCUGAAUGCUUUCCGUGGCUUCCUGCAGUCUGAAUUCAGCGAUGAGAAUAUUGAGUUCUGGAUGGCCUGCGAGGACUUCAAGAAGACCAAGAACCCCGUGAAGAUGUCCACCAAGGCCAAGAAGAUCUACGAGGACUUCAUCCAGUCUGAGGGACCCAGAGAGGUGAGGGAUUCCCAACACUUCACCUAUUUGUAACAAGUUUAUCAUACGUAAAAAGUCACUGGUUAAGGGAUACAUUUUCAAGAUAAUCCAGAUUUUGAGCCCCAUCAGCAUUUCUCCAAUAACAAGCAGAAGUUUAAUGCAUAGAGUAGCAUGGAGGCCAUAUUUAUAACCUGCAAACCAACCUAACCCUAACCUCCAUUGGAAUGCCCUCCACAUAUCUUUGACAUAUGGCAGCUGCAGUUUUUAUCACGGCUGCGUCGUUUAAUCAAGAUCGUUUGCAGCAUUUCAUGAGAAACUUCUGUUUCUGUUCAAAGGGAGAAAAUUAAGAGAUUGGAUAUUUGCCUGUGCAACAAAUCGCUCGCAUGCAAAAGAGUAAGAGUCUUUGUUUAAUCAGCGAUUGAAUGCAUGCAAGAGAAAUACAGGCGCGCCUGUGUGUAAACAAAUGAGGUUACAGACAUAAUAUUCUGAGAUGAUGCACACCAAUGAACUGUGCACAGACGAGAUGAGACAUGGGGGGUAAACACUCAAACUUUGCACGUUUUUAAGAAGUAAAUCCAUCUGCUUCCUGUCUGAAUUUCACUGUACUGUGACAGCUCUACAUGAGCGUGUACGUUUGUUUGUCUUUAUCAUCGAUGCGCUGACUGUGAAUGACAACAUACAGCUGGUGUAGUUCUAUCCAAAGGUGAACCAGUCUUUCUGCUCGGGCUUGAAAAUUGAAUUAAUUGAAAGUUAAAUUGAUUGAUCCGGAAACCAACCAUUAAAAAAUUUAGGACCGUCAAACACAUUAAUUAAAAUUCUUCUUCUGACCUUCAUGGGACGUCAGUAAAUGCUGUAACAGUGGCGUUGUGGAUGGCGAGCAGAAACACAUCCUCGAGCUGAAAUGGACAGUAAAAUUGAAUUAUCAAGGACCAGGUCCGACGUCACUCAAAACCCCAAAAAAGUCAAUGAAGUUUGAACUUCUCCAUGCUGCUACGAACUCUCAUGAGUCUCAUUACAUAAUGUUAAAUGUCAAGUCGAUCCCUGUCUGUUUAAUCAAAUCCCUGAUGCACAAACAUGCAUCAGCGUCCAAAAAACAAAUGUUUGCAUAAAUUUCAUUCCCAGCCAACAGCUAUUACAAGCCUCACAAAAACAAAAUAUGGUGGUCACACAUGUUGAACAUAAAUGUGGUGACAUUUAUCAGGAUACGUUCAAUACUGGGUUGGUAAAAUGAGAAUUAAGUAAAGGCAAAUUAAACAGCGACAUAAAAAAAAUCACAUUUUAUUUUCCCAUGUACAUGAAAUAAGUAUUACAGCACUUAGGGCCACAGUAAAAAAAAAAAAUGACAGUUGUUGAAAUGAGAGCCAAGGAGCAUUUUGUGAAAAUGUACUUUAAGAUCAUUUUCUCAAACAAGGAGAUACUUAAUGUUUUGGCACAUCAGCACCACAUUAUCAUAAGUAUCAUAAUGAUUUUAUAAUGACUUUAUUCUCUUUAGUAACGACUCUGUUCUCAAAUUAAACGACUUCAAUCUCAAAGUUUUAAUUUUUUUUUUUUCUUAAUGUGGCCCUAAUACUCCAUCGUACUUAAUAGCACAAGUUCUAUGGGGCUUAUAAAACAGAUUAAAACUAUCAAUACUAAAAGAUUUUUUAUAAAGAAAACACUUUCUAUGAAGCCCAAAUACACAUUUACGAAUACAUUUGUAAUGCAUUAUAAUUUGCAAAAAGUGCUGUACGAUCAUGGCUGUGAGUUCUCACUGAUUCAUAGCUUAUUCUGAUGCCAGAGUAACAAUUUUCAUCUUGCCUUAAAACGAUACCAAACAAUAAAACUUCUGAAAUAGUUGGUUAAAUUCAGGGCUUCUGAUUUGGCAACACUGCUGGAAAUUUUGUGUUUUUAGGGCGACUUCUUCUGUUUUUUUUUUCAUGCUUUCAUUGAGAGGAUAAAUUUGGACUUUGGAAAUAAAAAGCAGGGAUCGACAUGGGAAAAAGAGCUGAAGGUUAGAGUGAAACCCGGGGCAGCUGCCUCAAGGGCCGCAUCCCCCUGCACAUGGGGCCUACGACCUCACCGCCGAAUUAAAUCAGGACCCCAAAAGUUGACUCAGGACAGGAUUUUAAUAUCCGCUGUGAUUUCAUGAAUGGGAAGUUCAACCCAAAACCUUCGAGUGCGACAGAUGGGAAUUUGCUUAUACUUGAAUCAGCUCCGUGUUGUAAACAUCAGGACUCUGAUUCAUGGAAACAUCUUGUCGCACAUGGGACUCGAUUGUGUUUGUUUAUACUUCAUCCGGAACAACCUUUGCGGGUUACAUAAGGGUCGAUUAAUUGCGCGGUAGCAUCCUUCCCAAACUGGAGCUGAGAUCGUGUGGAAAGUCCGAUCUCAUGCUCACACCUUCAUCUGCUUUAGCUCCACUUACUUCGUCUUUAACAUCUUGUCCUGUUGUCUCCCCCUUCAGGUGAACAUUGACCACUUCACCAAGGAUGUGACCCUGAGAAACCUGGUGGAUCUCUCCUCUGUGACCUUCGACCUGGCUCAGAAGAGGAUCUACGCCCUGAUGGAGAAGGACUCCUUCGGUCGUUUCCUGCGGUCUGAGCAGUACCAGGAGCUCCUGGUCAACUAAGCGGGAGGAGCCGGCGGGGCUGGGUCGGUUAGGGGGAGGGGCGUUUCAAACAGCAGCUACCUAAUAUGGACACAAAUUCUUAAAUUAAUCGUCUAAUAAACCACUUUUGUCUAACACGGUUUGAGUAUUCAAGACUUUUAUUUGACCGGGAUCCUAAAUUAAACUCUCCAAAUUGUACGACAAAUUUAACAAAGACUGCCUUUUGAAAUACCCCCCCUCCCCGACAGCAAACACACCAACACACAAAUAUUCAUGAUUAUCUAUACUAGUGAGGACCUAACAUUGACAACAGUACGUAUUAUUUCAGUAAAAAAACCUCACAAAAGGUAGAAGUACAACAACAACACACUCAAAUAUAUAAACACACAUGCAGAGUCGAGAUACAGAUACUGUAGAUGCAUCUUUCAAUUACAACACUACUGGCUUAGUGUCGUAGUUUGGCCACAAAUUCACGUCUUUCACAGGUCAGGUGCAAACUGUACGCAAAGUAUCGUCCUGAUAGUGUCCCGCAACUUGUGCAUCAAAGUGUUGUUGAGGCUACAGCAGAACCAGAGGUGAUGAUCUUCAUUCUAAAUUUUAUCCGCAAAAUAGUCACUAAAUCAGUUUCAUCAGUUUUCUGCUCCGGUUAAUCUACAACAGCACAGGUGAAAGGAAACAGGCGACACAUGCACAUAGAUCUGUUUAUUUUCUGCUGACCACCUAGAUCAUCAUCAUCAUCACCAGUUUAAUACUGUAUGUCUUAUCACUGCAGCAGCCUGAACAUGAAGAUUAUUGUACUCUGCUUUCUUGAAGUAUCUUGAAUUACCUCAGAAUAUUAUUGUGGUAGUGUGGCUGUUGUGUUCUUUGGUGUUUGUUUAUGGAGAGAUCAGUUAGCACCAGCAUGCAGUUGGGAGAAAUAUGGAACCACCAAGAGGGACAAUUUGGGUCUAAACCUAAAGAAUGGUAACUAAAUCAAAAUAAGUCGACUUUCUCUUGACAAAGAAGAGUUUUCUUUUCUGUUUUUUGGCUCUCAAUUUCUCAUGCGAUCAAGUCAAACUUUUAAAAGAUCUACUGGACAGGCACCGACUUAGUUUGGGCAACACUUUGCGGCACAAGUAUCAAGUGGCUGCAGGAACAAUUCAGGCUAGAAAUCCAGAAUUCGACACAGACACAAGGAGUAAAACCUUUUAAUAUUGAAUUUGCUGAUGGAAUUCGACUAUUUUGCUCAAUCAUGGCCCAAAAAGGUUUGCGAUGUUGUGUAAAUGGAGAACUGGUUUUAAUCAAAAACUAACAUUUGUUUUGGGUCAAGUCCAAAAAAAAGCAUAUUCUCCAAAAGUCCAUCUAAAAACUUCAAAACCAGAUGAUCUCUUCAAAAUACAGUAAACAGUUGGACUCUUUUUUCCUUGCCUUGGGCACAAAGUAACCUCCCAGAGCUUUUUCACAGAACGGCUCAACUUUAAGAGGCUCUAAGUGAAGAGAAACGGAUAAACCCUGGUUAUAAAUCGGCGGAUUUAUUAGAUAGUACCCUGCAGAGAACUGUGAUUUAUCAUUUCAGUAAGCAGACCUCAAACGCAGCCUUCAUGACCUUUUACAUGCGUCCGUGCUUGACACAAGACGAUCACGUGACUCACUCAUUGUCUCCUCAACUCUCUCACACUCUUUUAAAGUAAAGUUUGGAUUUUCACCAAACCCCGGGUUUUAAUUGGGAUGCAUCCUGUGAGAGUCAUCUCUGAGAACAGUGCCGGCUGGUUGGCUCAGUGGUCGAGCUCCUUGGCUACCACUAAAAUGCAAGUUGCUAAGAUGGGAAAACCUAGUGGGAGGGAAUCUUAUUAAAAGAAAGGAACGAGCAAUGGUUUAAACAGAGAGGUCUUUUUUUCCAUGUGAGAAAUACCAAAGUUGGAUGCAUCCGUGCAGAGUCACGAAAAAGUCCUGACAUGGUUUCAGUGUUAGGGAAACACAAGUUAAAACUUUAUAUGAUGCCAACCUUAUUUGAAGUCUAGAAAAGCGAAGGAAAGGACAGCACCAGAGGUUGUUUUAAGCCACAUUAAUCACAAUCACACUUGUCUUAUAUUCAACGUUUAACACUUUAUUUUCCACUUCUUCACAAUGACAAUAAAUGCUGGUGAUUAAAGGGGAUGUGGUGGUGGUGGAUUUGGUGACGGUGUUCAAGUAUAUAACCUUCAGCUGAAUGUAGCAACCAUUAAGUGUGAUUAUAUAUUUUACUGCUUUUUUAUAGUAGAAAACAUAAGUAGAAAUGUUUUAAACGACACAAGAGUAUUGUUAUCUAGAUAUUCAGCACUUUAUGAGUCCUUAUUGUUCACAGAACUGAAUCUAUUUCACUCAAAUACAAAUUUUUAACACUUGUAGUGAUAGUUUACAAGGUAUAUUUUAUAACUGCAACUUGUUUUUUCAUCUAUAACAAAGAAAAACAUCAGAUUAAAUGGAGAAUAUGACAUUUAUGUUUUAUCAGUAAGGGUUUAUGAUGGCACAGAUUGGCCAGUCUGGUGUCAAAACCUUUAAUGUCAACAAUCACGCCUCAAAAUAACCAAUAAGGGCCUCAACAGUGCUGAGUAUGCAUUAUUCAAUGUAGCUUUGCAUGUACGUUUUGGAGUGGUCCACAUAAAAAUAUAUAUGCUCACAAUUCCUGAAGAUGUAUUUAUUUUUCCAUGUAAAUACCAGCUAUUUGCAAACAAUUGUGUCUAAGUUAUUCUUAAAUACAACGAUGGAGUCCUUGAUUCUUUGACAGAGUCCUUUCCAGAUCUCCAUUAUAAGAGUGUUUUAAACCAACAACAUAAAAGAGGAAACGCUUCAUUUUCUUUUGUCACUUUGUUUUUCUUCAUUCUUUAUCUGGUGAUUUUAAUGUGUGGAGAGAAAGAAAGAAAAACACCUCAUAGUUGAAUGUUUGAAACUAUAAUGACAAACUAAAAUGUAUUUGAAAAAACAAGGGCAAUGCAAAAUGUCAGGAGGUGACCAUGAAUAUCUGGUGUCGCUCAUCGGGAUGUUUCGUGUAUAAGAAUCAGGCUCUCAAAUGCAGCAAAUUAGAUUAUCCAUGCAUUGUCAACAUCAUAGCUCACUUUCCUCUUUUCAGUUGUCAAACAUUUAUUUGUUCUGGAAGGGGUAUAGAGUUUUCUCUCAUUUCCAAUGCCGUUGAGAUUACAACAGUCAAAGAAGCAAACAUAUCAAAUUUACAAAACAAUGGAAUCAAAUUGGGGGCGUGCUAAUCAGUCUCAUCCACACCUGACUGUUGUGCCUUUACAUAUAUUAUCAUACCAACAACUAAGAUUAAAAGCUAACAAUUUAUCUGCUAAUAUCUCAUUUGUAAUGGGACACUUCAUGACAUCAAACGUGCCUGCGAUCUAACUCGAGAAAAUUCAGCAAAAUACCGUAUUUUUCGCACUAUAAGGUGCACCUGAUUAUAAGGCCCACUAUCAAUGAAUGCAUCUAUUCACAUCUAUUUUCAUACAUAAGGUGCACCAGUUUAUAAAGCGCAUUAAGCCAAACAAAACAGUCAGAUAAGUCAAACGUUAUUUAACUCAUUCAAUAACUCUGCGAGGCUACGGUAGAUGCAGUGCUCCGAAAAGCCAAAAGGAUUUUAAGUGCACCUUAUAGUGAAAAAAAUACGGUAGUAGAUUUUGAAGAGAGGGUGAGAUGAUGUUCUAGCUUAGCUAACAAGCUAUCAGCUAAAGUCUAUUUUAUUAAAUCUAGUCACAUAAUGUUGAUUGUCUAAUAAGUUUGUGUGAUUAAAAAUAACUUUUCAAGAACUUUAAAGCUCCAGAGAGGAGCUUUGUUUGUGACAAUUUUGGCGCCCCCCUGUGGACAAAGCAGUCCUUCUGUAUCAGGCAUUAAAAAUUUGGGUAUAAAAUGCAUCAGUGUUGUUGCUGAUGGUCUUGUUUACUUUUGUGUGAAAUAAAAAAGCAUCAAUAUGAAUUUCUGUCAAUUUCACAAACAUAAAAAAACUACUCUUUAA